UAAAAAACCAGUGACUCACGAAAAAAAUAAAUAAAAUAAAAUUCUAACCAUUUUCUCAUCUUCUUCUUCAAAUCAAAUCAAAUCCAUUAUAUGACAAAAAGCUCUCUCUCCGGAAACCAAGUUCUCAGAUGUGAUUCUGUUUGAUCUCUAAAUUCAACGUUUAAAUUUCGCUCUUCAUCCUCGUUCAUUCUCGAAAUCUGAUUUGAGGUUUGGAUUUAUGGAGGAGUGAGGUGUAUGUUGAGUCUAUUCUUGUUUUCAGCAGUGGAUAAGGUAGUGGGAAGCCAAGAGUUUAUCGCUGAUAGCAUUUGAAUAUUCCACGAGAUAUUGGUAGUAGGAGCUCAGCGCUGAUGACAUUUGAAUAUUCCAGUAAAUUUUGAGAGGAUGCAUAGGGAUAUGAAAGGAGGAGGAUUGUUACAUGGAUUGAGGGGUAAACAAAUCUCUCUUAUACUUAUCGCUCUCGUAUGCACAACAAUUUUCGUUUGGGCAUGGGACAGAUCCUCGUUUCUUACAACAUUCGUGCCAUCAGAGGACCAGUUAUUGGUGCCUUCUCCAGAUGCACCUGAUGUAACAUCUACAAAACCAGAAAUUAGUGUGAAGGAAGAGAUAUUGCCUGCUGUUACAGAAGAAGAUUUAAAGACGGAUCAAGAAGAUAAGAGUUCCAAUGAGGCAACGAUAAUUGACUCCCCAACACAAACUACUACUGAAACAGAUGAUAGUGUGAAGGAGAACAUAUCGAACCUAGAUCUUGAAGGAGAGUCGAGGACUGAUCAAGCAGAUAAAAAUGUAGAUGCUGAUUCUACCACUAAGAGUCCCACAAAUACGGAUGAUGGCGACAAGAUUGAUUCCUCAACUGAAAAUAAAGGAGGAGAAAACGAUGCAGAGGAAGCAGGAAAGACAUCUGAAGUUGUAACUCUAUCUGAUUCUUCAACAACCACUCCUGAUAAAAUUAUAGAUGAUUUAAACGAGAUCACUUCCUCGGCUGAGAAGAAAGGUGGAGUGGCGGCAUCAGAUGGAGAAUCGGGAACUGAGCAAGCAGCAAAGAGUUCUGAGAUUGUACCAUCAGUUAGUUCUGAUACAAAGAGCUCUACCAAGGCAAGCAUAGAUGAUAACGAUAAAACUGCAGAGCAGAAAGAUAUCACGAUGGUCGUCUCGCAGACUGAAACAAGUCCUAAAAAGGAUCUUGAAGAAAAGAAAAAAUCAGAUGCGACAAAGGUUUUUGAUAACUCAGUAAGUUCUGCAAACCAAACUUUUUCUCAAGGGGCGGAAAAUGAUAACUCAGCUGCUGCCAAUAUGAAAAAGAAAGAAACUUGUGAUUAUGCCAAAGGCAGAUGGGAGGAAGGCAAACCGUUAUAUUCUGGGUUUGGUUGUAAGCAGUGGUUGUCAGGUAUGUGGGCUUGUAGAUUGACUCAACGGACAGAUUUUGCCUAUGAAAAAUUUCGCUGGAAGCCAUUUAGCUGUGAGAUGCCAGAAUUUGAUGGAGAAUCAUUCUUAAAAAGGAUGAAGGACAAAACGAUUGCAAUUAUUGGGGAUUCCUUAGGGAGACAGCAGUUCCAAUCUCUGAUGUGUAUGGUUACAGGUGGUGAGUUUAGGGAAGAUGUUGUAGAUGUUGGGUGGGAAUAUGGACUUGUUAAAGCUCGUGGUGCUACGCGCCCAGAUGGCUGGGCUUAUCGAUUCCCAAGCACCAAUACCACAAUUCUCUAUUAUUGGUCUGCAAGUCUUUGUGAUUUGGAUCCUAUCAACCCGGGUGACAAAGCUACAGACUGGGCGAUGCAUUUGGAUCGACCCCCAGCAUUCUUACGCCGUUAUCUCGACAGAUUUGAUGUGUUAGUUCUCAAUACAGGUCAUCAUUGGAAUAGAGGGAAACUUAAUGCAAAUCGAUGGGUUAUGCAUGUAGGAGGUGUACGCAACACCGAUAGAAAGCUUGCAGAGAUUGGGCGUGCCAAAAAUUUCACAGUUUACAGUAUUGUCAAGUGGGUUGAUCAGCAGCUCCCAACACAUCCACGGCUAAAAGCCUUUUUCAGGACCAUCUCGCCUCGGCAUUUCUUCCAUGGUGAUUGGAAUACUGGUGGAAGUUGCGAUAAUACAGUCCCACUUGCCGGAGGAAAAGAAGUUACCCAAGAUGAGUCUCUUGAUCAUAGUGCUUCUGGGGCUGUCAAAGGUACAAAUGUUAAGCUUUUGGAUAUAACUGCAAUUUCUCAGUUGAGAGAUGAAGGUCAUAUUUCACGGUACAGCAUUAAAGCGACACCAGGUAUGCAAGAUUGUCUUCACUGGUGUUUACCUGGUAUCCCUGAUACAUGGAAUGAGCUAAUGAUCGCACAAUUGUAGGGGUUUGAUUUAUUGAAUUCAGUAUACAGAAUAUUUCUGCAGUCAAAAGACGGAAACUCAAAGUCACAGAUUAAAAAAAGAUCACUAUAUUGACGGUCUGCAAACAGAGUUCAAGUACAGUUCACGUGAUGUAAAAACAAGAAGAAAACAGAGCAACCCGAAGUUAAAUGUACUCUGCACAGCAGAUACAGACAUGAAUAUAUCCCAAUGUCGGGUUUCAUUGAUAACCUUUUUGUCGUGCACGAUUCCUUGGUGCUAUCUUGUAGAUUGCUACUGAAGGAGAAUCGACAAUUUUUUUAUGUAGGUAAGUAAAGAAGAGUUUAGUUUAGUGGUGUACGUGGUUUCCACUUGAAAUUUUCAAUUUGUCAGAGACUGAAGGCUAACCCUCAGCAGCUUACAGUUUUAGGAUAACUGUUAGAGAGAAACAUAUUUAUAUCAUUAGAGAAUGUUGUAUUGUUCUCCUUUAUAAUAAGAUUGUGAUUUUUUUGUAAUGAAGUUAUUUUCCGGAGUUUCUUGCUUUCCGGUUUACAGUUACAGAUGAUAUUGAGAAUGAUCGCAACAUGUAUAAUUAUGUAUUUACUGCGAAUUGACUCGCAGUUAAAGAAUAGAGAAGAUUUUGUUUGAAAUUC